AUGGCGCCCACGGGCUCGAGCAUGUUCUCCAAGCUCCGCCACGGCCACGCGAAGCGCAAUGCCUCGACGCUCGCCUCUCCAGAGCCCGUCCCAAGCCCCACUCCUUACCCACUCCCCUCGCCAGCGUCGCAUAGCACAGAGUACUUGUCGUCGCCGCGCCUCCAUGAUAAUGUCAGCUUCACUUCUGGCUCGCCCAUCUCGCCCUAUCCCCCCAAGCUGCCGCCCAUUGCCCGCGUCGCCUCCAAGCUCGACAGGUUGGCCCCGCCGAGCUCCUCGUCGCAUCCGCACAUGCCUGAGCCCCAGAGACAUGACGAAAAGCCGCUCUCUGCGCGCUCCAACAGAGGAAGCAUGCCUCCGCCGUCCGAGACCCCCUCGCAUUCAUCCACUCACCUGGGCUCCUCUGUCAUUUCUCCCACCUACUCGCUAUACUCAAAGUCGCAACCUUCGCUGCUGAGCGGCAUCAGCGACAAGCUGACUGGUCACUCCAAAGGAACAUCAACUCCCACGGCCCCGCCCCAAAAGUCAAAGUCCCGCCUCACCCUGCGGAAUCCAAUGUCGCUCCUCAUGCGGCGCAAGUCUGCCCAGACACUGGACCCCCUUUCAGACGAAUCGCUCGUCACCCAGCGCUCGCCCUCCAACCUGCCACCCAUGCCAGAUAACUACGACCCCAGCAUCCGCGGGAAAAUCGUGCACGACUUCAAUGCGCCGAGGCUAAACAGAGGCUACUCGUACAAUACAUCGUCUGAAGGAGGCGAGGUCCAGCCUGAAGUGGCUCGUGCCAGUCCGCCCAAGAUAGAGAAAGAGCACACGCCCGUGUUCCGUGAGCAUUUUGAUGAUGAUAUAAGCUACGAGCAGUCACAGGCCGCAAUACGAGCAGAACAGCUAGCAAACAAGGACUUCUUAGCAAGAAACUCGGUACAGUUUCCUCCGGACCAGUCAUCUUUGGUUCCGCUGCCUCCUAGAAAGUCGCCGCUCCCACCGCCGCCGCCGAAAUCAUCGCCGCCGCCUCGGCCAUUCCAGGCAGUUGAUGGCGGGAAUUCAAUCCUGUCGCCAGUACAAGAGUCGGAUGAUCCACUGGAUGUUUCUACCGACGUCACGCCGCGGAAGAAGAAAUCAACAAAAGCAACGCCUCCGCCUGCACGGUCUCGAGCCACUUCCGUCACCGACCCCUCUUUCCAGCCAGCCGGACUGCCUGCGCAUUUCAGCAGCAGGGCGUCAAGGUUCAGUUUUCAAAUUUCGGGAGGCACUGAUUCUGCGCAGGAAAAGCUGCUGGAGGAGCGACACAAGGCAAAAGAGGCGGAGAAGAAGCAGGCGCGCAUGUCUACUCACUCCAUCGACGAUGGAUACGACGAGUACGGCAUGGAUGACUACGACGACAUGGAUGGCGGCUUUGACGAAGAAAUCCCAAUGCUUGGUGAAGAGGACGAAUAUACCGGUGGCCUGGGCAACCAGACGCUCGACUCUGGCAUAAACAAUCUCGACUUUUCGUCUUUGUCGUUACAGCAAGGCAUGCACAACCCAAUGAAUUAUGCGCUUGGUCAGAUGCAGAUACCUGUCGACAUGAAUGGUAACCCGAUUGCAUUCGCCCUGCCAGGGCAAAUGUUCCAGCAGUACCCGAUACCAGGUAUUGGUAAUCCGAUUAAUCAGCAGAAUGAAACAGAUGCCAAGACACACGGACUGGGCUUGAAUCAUGCUCAAGGAGAGGUUAACGGCUCUGCGCCCGUCAAGCCUGCCGACGCACCCGCCGAGGCCGCCCCUGCUACCAACAAGCCGGUACCGAGUAAUGUUGACCUUGACGACGACUUGUACUUUGACGACGGCCUCAUUGGCGACCAAGAAGAUGUGGAACCAACCGAAUUCGACGAAAGUGUCUUUGAUGACCCCGACGGGCCACUCUUUGAGAGAAAAGUCAAAUUUCCCGCAGACGGACAGCCUCGCCCGUACGAUGUCUCCAACUCCGAGACUGGCUACGACGCGGACGAUGAUACGGUUUCCAGACAUCUCAUCAAGUCUCAGCCUUCUCUUGCGCACAAGACUUCUAUCGCGCAGCAAAUGCCCGUGCCCAGCUUUGAGAAUCUCAGCGCCUACCAUAGUGCACUCGCAGAUGCCGCAAUCCGCGCCGAGGCUGCUGGCCGGUUUGACAGAAAGGCGAGCGUCGACGCGGGUCAGCCUCCGUCUGACACUGACGAUCCCUCUUCUGUUAGUCAAUCAAGGCCCAGCUUGGUGCCUGAUGACGGCCGCUUCAGCAUGGACACGAUCAGCUUCCCGCAGGACGACGAUAUAUACGGCAUGAGCUCCAGCUUUGUAGACGACUAUGACUACAGCGACUUUGACUCGGCCCUCGAAGACGAUCCCAUUAUCGCUGCAGCAAACGCUGAGGCGCUGGCAUAUGACGACGAAGGCUUCUAUGGCCAAGAGUUUGGUUUUUAUGCAUCUGCCGUUGGCGAAUCUCCGAGUGCUUGGGGUGGCUUCUUUGGCCCAUCCGGGCUUGGUCGAACCGUCAGUGGACGCAACGCUGUCAGGGAACCCAACUUGACGCCCAUUACGGAGCGAAGCGAAUACAGCACGCGCAACUCAUUCAUCAGUCUGAACCAGUUCCGGGAUGGUCAGCCAUCCAUCACCAGUCCUGCGCUAGCACAGCUCGCCCGUAUGAGUCCGUAUGGCUUCCCUGGAGAAGAUGAAGACAUGAGUAUGGAUACGUUGAUGAGGCUGCGCAAGGGAGCUUUCGGUGGUAGCGGUGCUAGUCUACCGGGCAGCACGGCUAACAGUCCGCGCACCUCGUCGCCUCUGGGCAUGCAAUUCGUUCCUCGUUCCUCGAGCCCUGUAGGCAACCGCAUGAAGGAGCACUCGUCCAGCCCUGUGGAGAGCCCAUCUUUUCCCACGACUACCAUACCAGAGUAUCCGGAUAAUCACUACGGCGACGAGGAGGAAGGCGACUCAGGACUCAUGGAUGCUGUUAAUGGCGGGUACGAGUCUGAUCGCUUCAGUGAAGACAAUGUCGACUUUGGCGAACGCGUGGAGAACCCCACAACAAGCAAUGAUCACCACAGCCUCCCGAGUCCAACUGGGCAUGGCAUUGCCAAUGAAGCGCCACUCCUGCCACCAAUGUCGGAACUUUUCUUGAGCUAUGCCAUGUCACCAGGUGGUUUGUCUGUUCCAUCACCCUCUAACGUGUCGCUCCCUAUGUCGCCCUUUCCAAUGCCGUUGCCGUCGCCAUUUCUAAGUCAGAACCACAACCGCCCGCCUGCUCCACCAUCCAUUGAUACUUCUCUUUCCUCGCCAACUGCACCGAGCAACUCCACACCUGGCGUAGGGCGGAGACAAAGCGUGGUCCUUAGUCCCGUCUCGACCUCGUCUCCAAUCACUCCGAGUGGCAGUGGCAGCGCCGGCGGAUGGAAUCGUGCACACAGCAGAAAAGGCAGUGCAGCGGACAGCGUGACAUAUGUUCGUGAACACGAUGAAGCUGGCGAAGGAAGAUGGGUUCUGGAACGCAGACGCACUGCUGAAAGCGGUGAAUUGGAACUAGUCGGCAGGCAGAUUGUCGAAGGCGGACGCAUCUAACAUUCUUAUCGGCGAAGCAUUAUUACCGGCUCUCCUUUCCAGGAAGAAGGAGAAAGAGUCGAGACUGGAGGUUUGUUCGUCAUCCAAUUUGCAUUUGCAAGGCGUUUUUUUACUCUAGGCAGCCUGGAGGCCUCGGGGCCUCUGCGGGAUGGCUGCAUAAUACGUGUACAUGAUGGGCACCGGAGAAAUGCAUACAGUACAGGACUUUCUGGCCCAAGGAAGGGGGGAGAUAACAAAGGAAGAGGCUGGUCCUUCUUUUACGGAGAGGCGUGGGAUGACGCACAUUACGAAUACGAGAGAUACCUUUUUGUUUGUUGUUCACAAGCAUCAUCUUUUGCAUGCCCCUGUUAGAGGGCUUAGAUGUACCCAGUCUUUUUUUUUCAGCGGCUGAUUUUUUUUGUUCCGGGUUUGCUUUCACCGUAUACAAUUAGGCUUGAAGUUGGACUUGGAAAUCUACAUAUAUAAUAAUAUAUACUCG